UGCAAUCCACAUGUUUGCGUCAAGUUGCAAAUGGAUAUUUCAAGUUGGGGAUAUUUAACGCCAGAUAAGAGAGGGGGAGAUGACAGCGAGUUCUUUUCAGUGGAAUUUCUAACGGCGGAGAGCAAGAGGAAGCUUGACUUCUCAUACGAAGAUAGUCGGUAUACCCACAUGACACAGAAGGAAUAUCUAAAUAUAAUACAGUCUCAAGAAAAAACAAUAAAUCACCUGCAAAGUGAAUUGAAAAAGAGAAUAGCUGAAGAGAGGGAUAAGAGUAUGCAAAUGUAUUUUCAACUGACGAAGGAAAUUGAGGAGUACAGAAAAGCAAAUGAGUAUUUGAAAAAUGAGCUGAAACAGAAAAGAAAGAUAGAGGAAACGAAGAAAGAGAAAGAAAAUGCUCCAAUAAACGUAACAAGAAAAUAUCCGAGACGUGUACGAAAAACCGUAACAAGAUACGGUUUUUAAAUAUUGUCAAAUGUUAUUGUUUUUUUAUUACCUGUUUCACUUAUUUUGUGAUGUCAUUUUAAUACAAUUGUCAAUACUUUUUUG